GCGCCGCACGCGAGUAGACGGUCUUCCGGGGGCCGGGAGAGCUAGAUUGCUGGGCUCGCCAGCUAUGGCUACGUGGGCGGGGACCGAGGUCUCGGCGCUGAACCCGCUGCGCGCCCUUUGGCUCACGCUGGCUGCCACCUUCUUACUAACCCUGUUGCUGCAGCUCGUGCCGCCCGGCCUGCUUCCGGGCUGCGCAUUCUUCCAGGACCUGAUCCGCUACGGAAAAACCAAGGAAGGGGCGCCGCCGCGCCCGGCCGCCUGCCGGGCCUUUGAUGUUCCCAAGAGGUAUUUUUCGCAUUUCUACAUCAUCUCAGUGCUGUGGAAUGGGUUCCUGCUUUGGAGCCUUACUCACUCUCUGUUCAUGGGAGCACCUUUUCCAAACUGGCUUCAUGGUCUGCUCAGAAUUCUUGGGACUGCGCAGUUCCGAGGGGGUGAGCUCGCGCUGUCUGCGUUCUUAGUGCUGGUGUUUUUAUGGCUGCACAGCCUGCGAAGACUCUUUGAGUGCUUCUACGUCAGUGUCUUCUCCAAUGCCGUGAUCCACGUCGUGCAGUACUGUUUUGGACUUGUGUACUAUAUCCUUGUUGGCCUGACUGUGCUGAGCCAAGUGCCCAUGGACGGCAGGAAUGUCUAUGUGAUAGGGAAGAAUCUCUUGAUGCAGGCUCGGUGGUUCCAUAUCCUCGGAAUGAUGAUGUUCAUCUGGUCAUCUGCCCAUCAGUAUAAAUGUCAUGUCAUUCUCAGCAAUCUCAGGAAAAACAAGGCAGGAGUGGUCAUUCACUGUAACCACCGAAUCCCUUUUGGAGACUGGUUUGAAUACGUCUCUUCCCCUAACUACUUGGCAGAGCUGAUGAUCUACAUUUCCAUGGCUGUCACCUUCGGUUUCUACAACUUAACUUGGUGGCUCGUGGUAACAUAUGUCUUCUUCAGCCAGGCCCUGUCUGCUUUCCUCAGCCACAAAUUCUACAAAAGCAAAUUCAUCUCCUACCCGAAGCACAGGAAAGCUUUCCUGCCAUUUCUGUUUUAAGUUAACCUCCAGUUAUAAAGAAUGCAAACCAAGUGACGGGUUCAGUUCCUAAGGACAAGCAAGUCUAGAGACCAAAGUACAGUUUCUAUGGAAUGGCUUGAAACUCUCUGUUCCAUUUCUGUUUCCAAAAGCCCUCACUGCGUGAGCAAAUACAUACCCCUCCAGAAAAUGAGUCUUCAGAGAAGAAAUCCUUCCUCCCAGCAGACCUGGGAACGCUGUGUGUGCUUUCUGAGAUGCCCUAUAAAACCAACCAGCUGCUAAAAAAUAAAGAGCAGAUGAGACUUCAAGCUGCUGCAAAAACAAAACCAGCCAAGAAUAUAUGAACAGCAUCUAACAAAUACAUACAUAUACAAAGGAAGAGAUAAGCUCACGUGUGGCUUUGUUUUUGCUCUGGACAAACAAACUAGAUAGCAGGAUAAGCAAUAUAGUAGGUGCUCAGUAAAUGCUUAUUGCAUUUCAGUUAAAGCAGAACAGCCCCUGAAAAUAACAGCAAUGUAUAAUUUCACACUGAUGGAUUCAGGGGAAAGUGAGUUUAUUGAAGUUAUUUUAUACUUAUUACACACAGAUUACCGGUAAUGUAACCAUCAGUAGUCAUCUCCCCCUCAAAUCACAGCUUAACAGAAAGUUUGAAACCUCUUUUAUUUAAUACUUUUUUGAUAUCCCUUUCUAGGGAGUACCUUAAAAGUGAAAGUAUCAAAAAUAAAGUAUUUUUGUAUUUAUGCAUAAAAGCCUUCAUGAAUGGCACUGACACUCCAGAUCGAAUAGCGCUGUCGCCUCAUUCGUACGUAGUUACUUAGAUUGGAUUAAUAACUGCCUGAGUUUAUUUUAACUUAAUAGAAUGAAUCCAAAGAUAUUUAAAGUGUAUACUGACAAUAGCUUAUUUAAAGAAAAUACCCGUCAUUCAAUCAAGUAGAUAUAAAAGCAUAGUGUGAAAGUAGAAAAUAAUACCAUAGUCUGAGCGGUGCAGUAAAAACUGCACAUUUGUGCAACAUAAGAUUUACUGGCUUAUUGGCCAAGGUAUUAACUAUUCCUUUUAUACAGGUGUUUUAUUAUAGUCUAUUAAAGUUUUGUGCUCAGAUAGUGAUGGACAGGGAGGCCUGGCGUGCUGUGAUUCAUGGGGUCGCAAAGAGUCGGACGUGACUGAGUGACUGUACUGAACUGAACUGAUACCAUGCUGUGAGGGAAAGCACCUCAUUGUUAACCCAACACAGAUGGAAUGCAGUCUAAGGAUGUCCUCCCCACCUGCAUCUCUGCAGUGAUAAACCAAAGCUAUUAGAUUCUUUCUAAUCUGA